AUUAAGAGAAUGAAGGAAGAGGAAACUGAACCCGAGAUCUGGACUCUUCUUGAUGCUGAACACCUAGAACAGAUGCGUCUUAUGAUAUCUGGAGAUGAAAGUGGGAUUGAGUCUACCCAACCUGACUCUGUGUUCAGCAGUUCUAUGGGAGUAGAUAAAGUAUCCAAACCAGAGUUUUCUCUCAUCUGCUGCAACCUCCUUGGUCAUGAAAGGUUUGUUGAAGCAGCAGAGCGAAUGUUUGAUCUUGUUGCCAAAGGCGGCCAGUUUAUCACUUGGCCUAACCUACUGGACUUCUUCAUAGGUAAAGAGAAGGAAGCUGAAAGGAAUAAGAAUAUAUUUCCAAUGGUACAUGAUGGAGACUUCAAGGCCUGUCAGCACUCAAGGAGAGAAACUAUAGUGAAGAUGAUCCCUGUCUCCACCGGCUCAUCCUUCGUCUACAUCAUCAUCAGCAAGUUCGGCCACGUCGGGAUAUACGACGACAAGCUUCGUCUCCAGCGGAAAUACGAGAUCGAUAUUGAUACUGAUCCUGACUCCGACCUUGACGUUGGAGCUUCUGAUCCAGGUUGGAUUACGGAUGCAAUCUGGAUGAAUAACUCUAAACAUAUGGUUUAUACAUCAUCGUUAAGAACAAUUCACUUCUUUGAUGCAUCCGCCUCUGUUCAUUAUGAAGAAUAUCGUGGAUUUGGAUUAAAAAAUAUACCAACAUGUUUAGAUUUCUGGUAUGACCCGGAGAAAGAGGAUGGACCUAGUCUUCUGAUGUUUGGAGAUGAUGGAGGAGGUCUAUCUAUUAUUAGAUUCUCCCAGCCUCCGAACUCUUUGUUCAAGAAGGAUGAAGUUGACAGUGUCCAGACACUGUUCUGGCAGAGGAUGGAGAAACAUACAGAGUACGCUACAAUUCAUUAUACUCAGGGUGUGCAUGGGGAUGCAGUUAGUGGAAUCAGAUAUCUCAGUGAAAACAGGAAAAUAAAACUUUUUACGAGAUUCUUUACCAAGAACCCAUUAGUUUUAGUUUUAUAA